CUUUUUUCAUAUAGCCCCACAAAAUAACACUUUUAUUUCCCAUGCAUCAAUGUAUUGCCUAGUCUUUUACAUUUCUUUUUCUUUUAGACUUCUUCAUCUGCUCUCAAAACUUGUGGAUUACAUACUAAAAAAGAAAAUGGAAUAUUUUUCUGUAAUAAUAUGCCAAAAAUCUGUAGUGAGUUUCUGGUGUUUCCCAGUCAGAGUAAGGUUAAGGGAUGGAGUCUCUUGAAGAUGAGGAGUUUGAUCUCUACUGGGUUUGCUGCCUUCUUGACGAUAUACCAAGCACCUAUUGUGACUCUUCUGCCAUGCAACCUGACAUUCCUUUGCCUAUUGCUUAUUUUGAUUAUUUUCCCAACUUCGCCUUCCUUUGUGAGGCCACUCAAGAUUCCAGUGAGGGUUUGGAUGGUUUUGAUGACUGCUGCCGGAAAAGGGUUCGUGCUGGAUUGGUUACUGUGUCCAAAGCAUGUCGUGAGAAACAACGAAGGGAUCAUCUAAAUGAAAGGCAUGUACAGUAUUAAAUUUACAGGAAUUUUUAUCUUAUCAUAACUUAUUCUUUUGUCAAAGUACUUAUUACCAUUUUGUUAGUAGGUUCCUUAAGUUGAGUAAAAUUUUGGAGUCUAAAACAAAACCCAACUUUGACAAAGCUGCUAUACUAACUGAUGCUAUAAGCUGUUACGUGAAGAAACUAGUAACUUAACCAGUCAAAAUGGCGAAUUAAAGGAAAAGAUUAGUGAAUUGAAGGUUAUGUCUCUUUUAUAUAUGGUUUCGAUCUGUAACCAUGAAAAAAAAGGAUUAUACAUAAGCCAUAGGCUAGCCAAUCUUAGUUGCUCUAUAAUCAAGGAUGGUGGUGUCUAAACUAUAUGGACUUUGUACUGAUGCAUGCAGAGAAGAAAGUCCUUCGCGCUGAAAAGCAUAGGAUAGUGUCAGAGAAAGAGAAGUUGGAGCAGCGAAUUAAGUCUGUAGGUUCUCGUCCUAACUUACAGUUCCAUCCUACUUCGGUUCCAACGAACCUUAUAUGCCUUCCCCUGUCAAGCAGUUGGUAGCAAAAUGAUGCCUCUAGUUAAUUACUCUGGUGUUCCCUUUUGGCAAUUUGUGCCUCCCUCAAGCUGCUUUUGAUACUUCACAAGAUCAUAUCUUUCACCCUCCCGUCGCUUAAGCUGAGCUGUUAUCCCUUCCUCAAAUCUCCCAUGGGCUUUGAAGUUAAGUCUCCUUAGUGUAAGAGGCUUUGUUUCAGGAUGAAAGGAUUAACUAAUAAACUAAAUUCGGUUAUGCAUUGAUUUAUGCCCUCUUUUAGAUCACUUCUUAAUGCUUCAGUCAUUUAUACACUUAAUCAUAAUUUUCUAAACUUAACACACUGGCGCCACACUUUUUUUUUUUUUUUUUUUUUUAAGUUAGCUUUAUCCACAACUUAAUUUAAGCAUCCGUGGAUGAUGUUUAUAUCAUAUCCUUUAUGACUUGAUAUCUUUUACCAUUAUAUAUUUAUGUUCAGCCCUUUCUCUUAAUUUCUCAUAAAAUACGUUGUAUCAUUUGUAUAUUUUUUCUUGAUUUGACUUUUAUUAACCUGUGCAUUAGAUGACCUAAAAGACUGGAGUAUUUUCUUACUACAACAAAUUUGCAACUGGAAAAACACUUGAUUCCUCCUUUUAUCCCAUCUUUGAGAAAUUGUCAAUAAUAACAAACUUACAAGUGAGAAUAGCAUAAUACAUAUACAUCUUUCAGAUAGGUAUUUAUAGAAUGAAUUUGUAUGAGCGAUAAAACUUGGUUGGUAAGGGUGUUCAACGAUGGAGCAAGUGUCUCUCCAAUAGAUAAGAGGAGUUCUGAUCAUAGUUAGGUUCACUUUCUAGACUAUCAAAUCCACGUCUCCAUGGUGUGUAACGAUCUUGGUCAUCGUUUAUAUUCGAAGAUGAUGUUGAGGCAGUUGAAGAUGGGAAAUCUGUGGAGUUGCUGCUGUGCUCCAAAGUCGUCGUGCUUGAAAUGAUUUAAUGAAUUUGUAUGAUUAGAAUUAUCCAUUGCAAGGAAAAAGGACGAAUAUGAAAGACGGCAAGAAUUAGUAGAUAUCUUACGCGACUUAGAAGGUUGUCUCCUCCAAGAUGUUGGUUAAAUAAGUUUCUUUGUCCGCUUAUAAUCCCCAAAAGUACCACCCCAAAGCUAUAGACAUCAUACCUGACUGAUAGCACGCCGGACAUUGGAUACUCUGGUGCGAUGUAUCCGCUGUAAGACAUGAUUCGUCAACAUUAAUUAAGAAGUCUGAUCCUCAACACUCCAGCAUGAGAAAGACAUAUUAAGAAGUCUUUCGAAGAUCAUGGACUUAAUAGGUUCCGGCAACUUUGAUGGUACUGGCGUGUGUUUGGUCUAAUUUGAUUAUCUUGCCAUGCCAAAGUUUGCUAUCUUAGGAUUCAUCUCCUCAUCUAGCAAGACGUUGCUUGCUUUAAGAUCUCGGUGUAUAAUCUUGAGACAUGAGUCUUCGUGAAGGUACAGAAUUCCUCGCGCAAUUCCUAAUUAUGAUCUUGAAUCGUGUAUCCCAAUCUAGAUAUUUGCGCCUAGUUUGAUCUGUAAGAUUCUCAAAAGAUCACAUAACUUUAAGCUAUUGGGUGUUUUUUUUUCCACUAUAACAUUAGCUUCCAAUGUUAGUUGCAUCAUAUAUUAUAUUCUUGUAAUUAGAAAAUUGAAACAAAUAUAAGGCAAUUAAGAUUUCCCAAAGUAUGUUACACUUCAUACCAACCAAGCCAAGACUUAAAGUUUCAUAUGUAU